GGACAGGAGACAGAUAGCAGACUGACGGAGGGACAGGAGACAGAUAGCAGACUGACGGAGGGACAGGAGUCUCCAGAACUGGCAGAGCUGGAGCGCCUGCGUCUGCGCUGGCUGGAUCUGCGCAGCCAGGCCCAGCAGCUGCAGGUCCAGAGGGAGGAGGAUCUGCAGCGAGCCGCAGAGUAUCAUCUCUGCAUCUCUGCUGUGGAGACGCUGUUCGAACAGGUCUCCAGAGACUGGGACAACCUGGCCAGGACGGAUGCAGAGAGCUCCUCUCAGCACCUGGAGGCCCUGCGGAGGCUGGCGGUGGCCCUGGAGGAGCAGAAGGGAACCCUGGAGGCCCUGAAGGAGCAGAAGCAGAAGGUGGUGCAGCAGCUGAACCUGGACGAUAAGGAGCUGGUGAAGGAGCAGAUCAGCCACUUCGAGCAGCGCUGGGCUCAGAUGCAGAGCCUGAUCCAGAGGAAGAUCCAGGACUCCGUGCUGACGCUGGAGGAGAUGGGCCAGGUGGAGGCCCGGCUCAGGGAGGCGCGUGAUUGGGCGGAGGAGCAGCAGCCCGCCCUAUCAGAGGCCAUGAAGAUGAGCCCGCCCCCGGAGCUGGCGCAGAGCUUCCUGUUCGAUCACCUGAGCGUCUGCAGCGAACUGGAGGCCAAACAGCUGAUCCUGGAUCAGGCCACGGCAGAUUCUGACCGGGUUCUGGCCCGCCUCGGACUCAGAGAGCGGCAACGCCUCCAACAGCUGAUCAGCUCCACCCAGGCCGAGGUGGAGAACCUGAGCGUGAAGGUGGUGCAGCGCAGGAAGCACCUGAGCAAGGCGUUCACAGAGCGGAGUCAGUUCCUGAUGGCGGUGGGGCAGUCGAUCUCCUGGGUUCAGCAGAACGAGAAGAAGGCUCAGGCUGAGGAACACGUUGCUCUGUUACCUGAAGACCUGUCCAAACAGGUGAGGACCUGCAGGAACAUCCAGAGCAGCCUGAAGGCCUACCAGAGCGAGCUGACCUCCCUGUGGGCGCAGGGCCGAGACCUGAUGAGGGGCGCCAGCGACGAGGAGAGGAACGAGAUCCUCUCCAAGCUGCAGGAGCUCCAGAACAUCUUCGACAAAACGCUGCACCGCUGCGGACAGAAGCUGCAGGAGCUGGAGAAGGUUCUGGUCUCAAGGAAGUACUUCAAGUCCGACCUGGAGAGGAUCUGCGUGUGGAUCAAACAGGCCGACAUCAUCACCUUCCCCGAGAUCAACCUGAUGGUGGGAGACGGCGAGCUGGAGGCGCAGCUGCUGAAGUACGAGCAGAUCGUGGAGCAGGCGAUGGAGAACGAGAACUUGCUGCUGAUCGUAGAGCGCGCCGGGCAGGAGAUCCUCCCCAGUCUCAACGAGCUGGACCACUGCUACCUGGACGAGAAGCUGAACACGCUGCCGCAGCAGUACAACAGCAUCCUCGCGCUCGCCAGGGAGAAGCAGGAGAAGAUCCAGCAGGCCAUCCUCACCCGCAACGAGUACACCUCCUUCAUAGACGUGACCCACAAGGCCCUGCAGGAGCUGGAGGAGCAGUUCAGCAGCCUGGGGAAGCAGCCGGUGGGCCUGCAGACGGAGGAGGUGGAGAGUCUGCAAAGAGACUACAGAUCCCUGCAGAGCGAUUUGAUCCGUCUGGGACUCGCCGUCAGUGAGCUGAACCAGAAGAAGGAGGGCUUCAGGAGCACCGGGCAGCCCUGGCGCCCCGAGGAGAUGACCACGCUGGUGAGUCUGUACAACGGACUGAAGAGGCUGGUGGAGCAGAAGGUGGAGCAUCUGGACGAGACGCUGGAGUCCUUCGAGGACCACAAAGCCAUGGCCCUGCAGGUGGACUCGCAGCUGAAGGCCACCAAGGAGCAGCUGGUGAAAGUGAACGAGGAGACUCAGUCCGCGGAGGAACGGCUGAAGAACUACCACACUCUGGCCGGGAGUUUGCAGAGCGCUAACUCUCAUUUGUCGCGUUUGAUGGAGCAGAUGGACACUCUGGCUCCUCGGGUGGAGCAGGGAGCACAGGAUGCCUCCAAGGAGCAGGUGGUGCUGUGGCAGGAGGAGCUGAGGUCCCUGCAGGCGGCCGUAGGAGAUCUGAUCGAAGAGUGCGAGACCCGCUUCGUGCAGAGUAAGGACUUUGAGACGGAGAUGGAGCGGACGCUGGAGUGGCUUCAGAGGGUCAGGGACGAGCUGGACUGCGCUGUGAUCGUGGAUGUGAGGGUGGAGAAGGUGCAGGAGGAGAUCCGGAAGCAGCAGAUCAUGCAGGAGGAGGUGCAGUCGAGGCUGAGGAUCGUGGCGGCACUCAGCAGUCGGGAGAAACAGACGUAUAUCGGUGCCAACGAGCUGGUGCCCGGACACGUGGACAACAGUCUGCAGGAGAUGGCCAAACUGCAGGCGGACGUACAGAAGGCUCUGAGCUCCAAGCAGAUCACCCUGGAGGAGGCUCUGGGUCUCUGCCAGCAGUACCACUUCAGGAUGCAGGCGGCCUGUGAGUGGCUGGAAGACGCCGUGUCCUUCCUGCAGGAGGCGGGGCUUGGCGUGGACGUGGAAAACUACGAGGAGUGUCUCCGUCAGCAGGAGGACAUCAUGAACACGGAGCAGGAGUUCCUCCUCCACCUGCAGGAGCUCCAGAGCCUCCUGCCCCCCCUGCAGAGCCUCGUGAACCCCACCGCCCGCGAGCAGCUGCUCCUCAGCCUGGAGUCGGCCCGGCAGAGAGGGGGCGAGGUCCGGGACCAGCUGCAGUGCCACCAGGACGUCCUGCAGAGCUGUGUGUGUCAGUGGAAGUCGUACCAGGAGGCUCGGCAGACGGUCAUCGAGCUUAUGAACGAGGCGGAGAAGAAGCUGACGGAGUUUUCCACCGCCAAGGCAGCGACCAGCGAGGAGGCCGAGGAGAAGCUGUGCAAACACCGGUCUCUGGUGUCGCUGGUGAACGGCUUCCAGGAGAAGCUGCGCCUCCUGGAGGAGCAGGCGUCUCAGCUGGAGCUGGUGGGCAGCGACGCCUCGAAGGCCACCAUCAGCCGCUCGAUGACCACCGUGUGGCAGCGCUGGACCCGCCUGAGGAGCGUGGCCCGGGGCCGAGAGACGGUGCUGGAGGACACGGCGCAGGACUGGAGGACCUUCAGGGAGAAG